AUGUCCGACCCUGCCAAUGGAGAUGUCUCCAGUGACGACGGCACUCCCCCAGCCGUGAACUACGUACAAAUUGACGAUCAUCCACGUCCGCAACCAGUCAAAUCGGGGUCUGAUUCAACCUUUUCUGCUUCCAGGGAGACUUCAGCGAGAUACGAGUCCAGAAGCACCACAACGUCGAGAGCAGGCUCCAGAAGACCACAAGGCUCGGCUUCACCCUCAGCAGACCUUCCCAAUGCAUUUUCGAGAAGAGAGGUGAGCACUGCGAGGCCACCCUCCAGCUCAGUGUACAGUGGAUCCAAUGCGGAACAGCCUGCUUGGUUGAAGAGCGAGAAAACAGCAGACAAAUACGACAAGUACGGUACCAGAAGCAGCGACGCCUCCCGGGCACCAAUACAGGACUCCAACGAAGAAAAGUACUCCAGGUACGGUUCCAGUGCACGUUCGCAGUCGUCCAGAAUAAAGAGACCCAGAGAAGACGAAGAAGAACCAAACCCUAGAGAGUUACAAGCAGCAGCACCUGAGGAAGAUUGGGCCCAGCCUUACUCCAAUGCCGCGAAUCCAGCAUCUUACCAAGGGACUGUCCCAAACCAAGCUUUCCAGCGUCAAUAUCACACAUUCCAAAGUCAGAUCAAAGAUCGUUCCUCAAAGGACAUCAACAGUAUCGUCAGAUCCCACUACAAUCAACGUACGUAUCAGUCGAAGCUCCAGGGUCCUAGAACACAAUCGCCAAUCUAUAAGCUCAGAAACUUCAACAACUGUAUCAAAUAUAUAUUGUUGGGGAAUUUUGUGAAGAAACAGACUGAAUAUGAAGGCAAGCCCUCCACGAUCUUGGAUCUUUGCUGUGGUAAGGGGGGUGAUUUGAACAAAGUUGAAUUUAUCAACCUUGAUCAGUACAUUGGCAUAGAUAUAUCCGAUGCAUCUGUCAAAGAAGCAUUCACUAGGUAUUCCCAAAACAAGGCUAGGUUCAUUCCUCGAAAUCAAACCAGCAGAAAGCAAUUGAAGAGGUAUAAGUUCGAAGCAUGUUUUGCUACAGGUGAUUGUUUUACUUACCCUAUACCAGAGAUUUUAGAACCUAAUUUCCCGGGCAUCAUUGAUAAAUUGUUCCCUGUGGACUGUGUAUCCAUUCAAUUUGCAUUGCAUUAUGCAUUUGAAACCGAAGAUAAAGUGCACAGCUUGUUAAACAACGUGUCCAAGUCAUUAAGACAGGGAGGAACCUUUAUUGGAACCAUUCCAUCUUCGGAUUUUAUAAGAGAUAAAAUCGUACGGAAGGACUACAUGCCAGACAAGGAUGGCAAGAAGAGAUUUGGCAAUGAUCUUUACUCAGUCACCUUCGAUAAAGAGCCACCAGCUGAUGGAGUCUUCAGGCCACCAUUUGGCAACAAGUACAACUAUAGUUUGAAAGAUGCCAUUGAUGAUGUACCUGAAUACGUUGUUCCCUUUGAGACUCUUAGAGCAUUGUGUGAAGACUAUGGAUUAACGUUGAAGUAUAGGAAGAAUUUCAUAGAUAUCUUCAAUCAGGAGAUUCCCAAGUAUUUCUCGCGAUUGAAUGAGAACUUGAUCGAAGGAAUGAAGAGAUCAGAUGGCAAAUAUGGGGCCGAAGGACACGAAAAGGAGGCAGUUGGGUUUUACAUUGGUUUUGUUUUCGAAAAACUAGCAUAA